CCGCAACGCUGUUUAAUACAAGAGAAGAGAACAGGAAACGAAGAUUCUAGUGGCCUUAUUGAAAUUAUAAUAUCUGUCACCAAAACAACAGCAGGAGAAAAUGUCGUUGUUGGAGUCUGAGGUUGUCUCUGUUUUGGAGACGCUUGUAAAGGACACGGUAAAAGAAAUGACUACAUUCGUGGACUUAUCAGGAAUAACGUUACCUCCACUGACAGAAACUACAGCAAACGAGUCUGUCACGCUGGACUUUACAACCCAUCUGAACUUUGUGUUAGAACAUAACGCAAAGGAAGCUGUGGAGAAAAUAUGCCAGCUUUUCUCUGCACUUCAGAAUCUUGAAACGACUCAGAGUGCAGAGGACAGCUUGAAAACAACACUAAAGCAAGUUGAGAAACGGCAGAAGACUCUACAGGGAGAGACUAAUCUAACCGACAGUGCUCUCCUCAGUAGUCAGUCCAGUGACCAGCUUACUCUAGUCUCUACAGAGAAAAUCAUUGUGAGCUGGGAGGAGGAGAUCAUAGACACUGAGCAUGUGAGAACAGACAGUGAUGAUGAGGAAGAAGCCAGAGCUUUGAGCAUCUUACAAAGCAGACGUGCUCGGCUGAGAUGUCGUAAGAAAGACAAAUCGUUCAGCUGUAAACACUGUAGAAGGAAAUUUGACUCACUCGUUCUGUUGAGAGCUCAUCGGGUCAUUCAUGCGGCGGGAGAGAAAACCUUCAGCUGCUCGCAGUGUGGAAGGCGUUUUGGCAGUAAAGGCAAUUUGGAUGUACACUACCAGCUUCAUACUGACAAGAGCCCUUAUGCUUGCAGUCAUUGUGGCAAGACCUUCACCGAACAUAAACAGCUGAUGUAUCACCAGAGGAUUCAUAACGAAGACAAGACUUUUAUGUGUAAAGUUUGUGGGAAGUCUUUUCAUCAAGCUUACUGUCUCAGGAAGCAUCUGGUCGUGCAUUCGGGAGAGAAGCUGCAUAAAUGUGACGUAUGUGAGAAGAACUUCCACUUUCGAAACAAUCUACUUCGGCACCAGAGAAUCCAUACAGGCGAGAAGCCGUUCACCUGCCAGACGUGCGGGCGAAGUUUCAAUCAGCUCGAUUCGCUAAAGGCGCACAAACUAACUCACACCGGCGAGAAACCGCACAAAUGCAAAUUGUGCGGUCAGGGCUUUGUCCAGAAGUGGAUGCUCCGGCUUCAUGAGGGACAGCAAACGGGACAAACCGGACAUGGCUGCGUUGUAUGUGGGGUGGUUUUGGGUUGCACAAACGCCUUAAAAACGCAUCUCACUAUUCAUGCGGGACAGUUUCCGGUCGUCUGUAACGUGUGUGAAGAGACCCUCGACUCUAUUAACUCCUUGAAAUCUCACCAUCACCAUCAACACACCGUCGCUACCAAAUACAGCUGUUGUGUGUGUGGAAAGUCCUUUAAGAGUGUUGCUGGCGUGAAAACUCAUGAGAGGAUUCAUACGGGAGAGAAGCCCUAUAGCUGCUCCGUGUGCGGGAAGACAUUUCGGCAGCAUAAUUGCCUAAAAGCUCACCUGACCUUGCAUACCGGCGAAAGACCUUUUAAUUGCGACGUGUGUGGAAAAGGUUUUUGCACAUUGGGAAAUCUCCGUCGACAUCAGCGCAUACACACCGGAGAAAAGCCGUUCAGAUGUGCCACGUGCGGGCGGGAAUUUAACCAGUCAAAUUCGCUCAAAGCUCACAUGCACAUUCACACUGGGGAAAAGCAAUACAUGUGUGACAAGUGUGGGAAGAGUUUUGCUUAUCUAAGAAAUUUGAGGUGCCAUAAAUGUAUAUAGAUUUAAAUGGAUCAUUCACUCAAAAAUGAACAUUUUGUCCUUGUUUACUCUUGAUAUAGCUUUCUUU